AUGACUCCUAGCAUUGCUUCUUCCGUUCCGUUCCGAUUCCUCGUUGGGCCCAAUGAGCGAGAAUUCACCAUACACUCUGCCCUCUUUACAUGCCAGUCCCCCGUCCUCGAGAGAUUGGCAAACGGAAGCUUUACCGAGGCCACUGAGAAAUGUGUCAAAUGGACAUCUGUAGAUGAAGACACCUUCAUCAGAUUUUGGCAAUACACGUACACGGGAAAAUACACCGCUGCUCCCCCAGUAAGCGUUGCAAUCGAGUUAAAGCCUGAAGCCACUCCCAAAGUACAACCACCACCAAAACAACCACCGAUUCCGGCUUUGUUCGAUUCUCGGCGCCCUCCUCCCAAGGUUGUGACACCAGAAGAGCUAAAACGCAAGGCUCUAUGGAAGACAUUUCUAAAGCAGCGUUCCUCUGAGCCUGUUUCUACAUUCUACACUCCUGGUUUCGUUCGUUUCACUGGCGCCGAAGACAAUCUCGCGAGUGAAAAUUAUACAAACACUUUUCUCUCGCAUGUGCGACUUUUUAUUUUUGCAGAGUGUUACGGUAUUACAGCGCUAAUGACACACUCUCUCAAUGGGCUACAUUGGACAUUGGAGAAAUUUACGUUGCAUGAUGAGAGAGUCAACGAUGUAGUCGCCCUGGUAGAUUACUGCUAUGAGGAUUCGGUUCCGCAACCGCUGAGAGAUCUAGUCACUCUGUACGCAGCUUGUAAGAUUGACAAGUUAUGGAAGAGUGAGCAAUUCUGCGCGCUUGUGGAGGCGCAUAGUGAACUGUCGAUGGCUUUGCUUGGAUUGAUGGUGAAUGAGUUGUAG